UGUUGCAGCAUUGCCAUCCUACAAUACCUGGCGCAGAAAUGUUCUGUGGCAGACCACUGGUUUCCAGCUGACCUGCAGCAGCGAGCACGUGUUAGUGAAUACUUGUCCUGGCAGCACUUGAAUCUUCGACUUCACUGCUCAAAGGUCACCAUGCUCAGGGGUAUGUAUCCAUUUGUCAUGGGCUCUGAAGUCCCGAAGGAGAAGAUGGACGCUGCUAUGGAGGAUAUGAAGCAGUCCCUGGACCUUCUGGAGGAAAAGUUCCUGCAGAACAAGCAGUUUAUCAUUGGGAGUAAGAUUUCUCUGGCCGAUCUGGUGGCCAUAGUGGAGAUGAUGCGGCCUCUGGCAGUGGGAGUGGAUGUUUUCAAAGAUCGGCCGAAGCUGUUGGCCUGGAGAGACCGGGUGAAGAAGGAGCUGGGAGAAAAGCUGUUCGACCAAGCUCACGAGGCCGUCCUGAACCCAAGCGACAUGCAGCAGAAGAUGCCUAACAACAGCGAGAUGCAAAAGUUCAAAUCUGCACUUUCCAGAUAUUUCCGCUGAGGGAAUGGAAAUGUAGAUACUGUAUGUUCUCAUGUUAGCUUGUUCCAGUAGAACUCAUCUAUGGGAUUGAAAAUAACUUUCUACUGCUUCAAUAAAAAUGUG